AUGGACUCAUCAGACGACGAAGGAGAAGAAUACCUCUUCAAAGUCGUCAUCAUAGGCGACUCCGCCGCCGGAAAAUCAAACCUCCUCUCGAGAUACACUCGUAACGAGUUCAAUCUGCACUCAAAGGCCAUAAUCGGCGUCGAGUUUCAGACUCAGAGCAUGGAUCGACGGAAAAGAAGUAACCCUUCCACACAAAGAGAAAACACAAACACAAACACAAACACGAACACGAACACGAACACAAACACAAACAAUGGCUCUAAACUUUAUCUAGUAGUGUUUGCCCUUGCACUCUCACUCUCACUAGCCCCGAUAUCCAAAGCCGGGAAACUUGUGGUAUACUGGGGCCAAGAUGUGAGAGAGGGUAAACUUGUCGAUACAUGUAACACCGGAAAAUAUGGCAUCGUUAACAUUGCAUUCCUUUCUCAAUUCGGCAGAGGCCAACCUCCUCUAAUGAACCUAGCCGGUCAUUGUGACCCUGGGACACCACACGAUUGUGACAAAGUUAGCACCGGCAUCCACCAUUGUCAAAGCCUAGGGGUGAAGGUCUUGCUCUCCAUUGGGGGCGCCACUGACACCUACUCAUUGUCCUCAGCCGAUGAUGCCAGAGGUGUAGCCAAUUACAUAUGGAACAACUUCCUCGGAGGCCACUCAAACUCUAGACCACUUGGUGAUGCAGUUCUAGACGGCGUUGACUUUGAUAUAGAACAAGGUGAGCCUCAUUAUGCAGCUCUUGCUAAUAGGCUACGUGAGCUCGGGGGGGACAAGAUUUACCUAAGCGCAGCACCACAAUGCCCGUUUCCAGAUGCAAAGCUUCAAAGAGCACUCAAUACCAACCAAUUCAACUAUAUUUGGGUUCAGUUCUAUAACAACCCUCAAUGUGAGUUCAAUGCCAACAAUGUCGCCAGCUUUAUGAAAUCGUGGCGUCAAUGGACAUCAUCAUUUCCUGGUAGUAAAAUAUUUAUCGGAGUACCAGCAUCAAAAUCUGGGGAUGCAGCAUCAAGCGGUUAUAUUCCUAAGCCACAAAUGACCUCCAAAGUUAUACCUUUUGCUAAGAUGUCCCAAAACUAUGGAGGUGUCAUGCUUUGGAACCGGUAUUUCGAUGGUCUAAGUUAUUAUAGCGAUGCCAUUAAGAGCAGCGUUUAAGACAUAUGCAUCGUUUAUAUAUUCUCGAUGUGCUUUCUUAUUACUUAAAUAAAAACUUUUCGUUUUUUUGUGGUUUACUAGUAGAAGUCGAAAGUGUAACAUGUAUUGGCUCGAGUGGUUACAAAAUCCACUCAUGUUUAUGUAAUUUGUAGCUUUUGGCCAGGCUAGUGUCUUGCGAGUCAGGUGAUCUCUUUAAUAAAUCAAGCCGUAUUAAAAAAAAAA